GUUUAUUUUUCACAAGUAAAAGUAAUUAUUGGCUUUGUGUUAGAUUGGAAAAGCAAUUUGACAAAACAAAAAUAAAAUGUAAUUGUGAGAGAAAAUGGUGAAACUAUCAAUUAAAUACUUAAAAAAACAUUGGAUAAAAAGGAACAGCCGUAUGCUGGCGUUACACUAUUAUUCGUUAAUAUUUUUCUAUUUUUCACAUCUACAUUUUUGAACUUCGUCGCGGAUUUCCGUUUAAAAGUGCUAAGGAAUUGACCACCUAGCUAUAGCAAACGAGUUAGCAAGCUAGCAGCUGAGCAAGCCGGAGUCUUGCUGCUUGAUGGCGAAUCAUCUCGCCAUCUAUUUAAAAAAUGGAUUUAAAAAAAGAAUAGCAGUGUGAUUGUGUUACAUUGGUAUUCGUUAAUAUAUCUUUUAUUUUUUACAUCUACAUGUGAGCUUCGUAGCGGGUUUCCGUUUAAAGGCACAAAGGAAUAGACCGCCUAGCUAGCAAACCACCUUGCAAGCUAGCAGCUGAGCAAGCCGGAGUGAAUCAUCUCGCCAUCUAUUUAAAAAAAAUAUUUUAAAAAAGGAACAGCAUUGUGCUGUAGUUAUACUGCUAUUCGUUAAUAUAUAUUUUUCUUACAUAUACAUGUGAGCUUCGUAGCGGGUUUCCGUUUAAAACCACAAACGAAUCGACCACCUCGCCAGCAAACUAGCAGCUGAGCGAGCGGGAGUGAACCAUCUCGCUAACCAUUCAUCUUUGUCGCGUCAAGUGAGCAUGCGCAAAGAAAACCCAGCUGCAGGUGGAGUGGCUGCUGAGCUGUCCAAACUAUCACCAACUUCCUGUUUGUCCUGCUUACGCGAGCCUUUGGAAUGGAUCGGACAGUCGAUCAGCAUCGAUUGAAUGAUGACGACUGAAGGUCUCUCAGGAUUGUGAGUUUUUAGGCUUGUGACCUACCGAAGCAGAGGGCAGACAUGGAUCACUGGUGUCAGGACUGGAUGGCAGCAUUGCCUGAGGAGCUAUGGGACGUCCCUCUCAACCACCUGGCCAUACCCGGGAGCCAUGACACCAUGAGCUACUGUCUGGACAUCAACUCCCCCCUGGUGAGGUCAGAGUCCGACCUCUUCAGGAUCUUGGACGGACUUUGCUGCUGCUUCACCAGACCCACCAUCUUCAAGUGGGCCACCACGCAGGACACACUGUCAUCCGUGGCCGCCUGGCUGGACUCCCACCCCAAGGAGAUCGUCAUCCUGGCCUGCAGACACUUUGAGGGCAUUAACGAUAAAUUCCACGAGUCGUUCAUCGUCUUACUCAAGAAGCUCUUUGGCUCGAAGCUGUGUCGGUGGGACGAAGCACACCUGAGCUUAAGGAGUCUGUGGGCGCUGGGUCGCCAGGUGCUCCUGUCCUACGACGCGGAUGUGGCGUCCAGACACGCUCAGCUGCUCCCUGCCAUCCCCUACUGGUGGGCCAACCAACGUACAGCCCGCGGCGCCAUCAGCUACCUGGAGUGGAACCAACAGCUUGGACGUCCACGGGGAUUCUUUGUGACAGGCCUGAACCUGACAGCAGACAGGAAGUACAUCUUGACCAACCCUAAGCAGUCCCUGCGUACGCUCACUUUCACCCACUGGGACCACCUGAGCAAGUGGCUGCAGGACCAGAGACCCGGGUCGAACCACACGGACCUCAACAUCAUCGCGGGGGACUUUGUGGGCCCGCUUCCUCUCUGCUCACUCGUCAUCGGCCUGAACAGGAAACUGCUGCCAAACAAAAAGUCUCACAUGGAAACCUCUUAUUGAUGGACGCUUCAUUAGGUACACCUGCACCAUCUCAUGACAGGAACCACAAUGUAUGAAAAGAUAUUCAACGACUAAAAUAUCCAAUUAAUCAUUACAAAAAUUCAAAUAGAAUAAAUCUUUAAAAACUAUAUUUAUAGUUUGGAUUAUAGUAGUUAGCAUAAAUCAGACCUGGGUUCAUCUGUGUGGAGUUUGCAUGUUCUUCUCGUGCGUGCGUGUGCAUCUAUAUGUGCCCUGUGAUUGGCUGGCCACCAGUCCAGGGUGUACCCCGCCUCUCACCCCAAGACAGCUGGGAUAGGCUCCAGCAUACCCCUGCCACUCCAGUGAGGAUAAAGCGGAAUCAAUACAAUAUUAAAAACAGUACAUACGUUAGAAAGUGAUGUAGUUCGUAAUAAUUAAUAGAGGAAUAUGAUGAAUAUAGCUUAGAUUUUAGCGAGUGUGAUGAACUCCUUUUUAUUUUGACAGCAUUAUUUGACAAUAUGAGACAUUCGUAUGGCUGUUGUCACAUUGACUACUGGUGAAUUAAAGGUGUUCAAUAUGUUAUUUGCUAAUCAAACAAGAACGUGUGUUACUCUCAACGUUUGCUACCCGUCCACAAAGAACUUCUUGUAGCGUCCGUAGGCGGCGCCACUGAUGAUGACCUUGACCACUGCCGAGCCCUCGUCCGCGUCCACGCUCACGUCCUGCACGGCGGCCUCCUUGUACAGCCAGCUACCAAACCCCACCCCCCCGUCCCCGAUAAAAGACAUCUUUAAUGACGCUGACCUCGACAUGGCCGCCUUACUUGUUGUAACGUGCUGCCGACACUCACCUGAGCUGAGGCGUGCUGAGCUUCACUUUCAGGCUGAGGGCACGCAUACCCGUAGAGGCCACAAUGCGCUCCUCCACAACCUCCCGCAGCGCCUCCAGGCCACGCUCCUCCAGAGCGGAGAUGGGCAAAGCAUCAGGCUCAGUCGCCUCGUACCUGAAAAGAAACACAUGAUGGCACAAAGUACACAUACGUGACUUUCGGCCUUCUUUUCUUAGCCUGAGCAUGGACGACGUGCUCUUUCUUACUUGUCCAGGAGGUCUAUUUUAUUGUGGACUUCGAUCAUGGAGCUCAGGAGGCGGUCGGGCACUUGAAGGUUCUUUAAAACGUUCAACACAUUGGCCUUCUGAUUGGUCGUCUCCGGGUGGCUGAUGUCUCUGACGUGGACCAGCAGGUCCUGGAGGUCAUAAACAAAUACUGGUAAAAAAAAAAAAAAUAAUACCAGUUGCACAAUGACCAUUAUUUUCACAGUGGACGAGUGGUUAGCACGUAGGCAUCACAGCUAGGAGACCAGAGUUCGAUUCCACCCUCUGUUAUCUCUGUGUGGAGUUUGCAUGUUCUCCCCGUGCAUGCGUGGGUUUUCUCCGGGUACUCCGGUUUCCUCCCACAUUCCAAAAACAUGCUAGGUUAAUUGGCGACUCCAAAUUGUCCAUAGGUAUGAAUGUGAGUGUGAAUGGUUGUUUGUCUAUAUGUGCCCUGUGAUUGGCUGGCCACCAGACAGCUGGGAUAGGCUGAGGAAAAGCGGUAGAAAAUGAAUGUUGAUAUAGUUUGCAAUGUCUAAAAUGCAAACAGGCAUAUCAAAUGUUUCUAAAAUGUAGUAUAUAAUUAGAAUUAUUAUUUUCUUUAGUAAAUAAAAAGUUCACCAGAUUGCUGUAGGUCAGUGAUUCUCAACUAGUAGGUUGGGACCCAAAUUGGGUCACAGAUCCAAGAAUUAAAAAAAAUAAAUAAAUCAUGUGACUGGAUUUUUGCAACGUCACUGCUAUUUAGAAAGAAGCAUCAAACACCUACAGAGUGUUUAAUGUCCUCCAGUGUGGCGGAAAAGGAAUCGAUGAGUUGGUGCGGCAGCUGCGACAGGAAGCCGAUUGUGUCCACAUACAGCGCCGUCAUGCGGUUGGGCAGCUGGCCCGCGUGGACCGUCACGUCCAGCGUGGCGAAGAGCUGAUUUUUAGGCUGGAGGUGGCUGUCGCCCGUGAGCGCUUUGAUCAGAGUGGUUUUACCUGGAAGGACAAACGGAUGAAGAACAUCAGAAAAGAGAACGAGAGCGCUGUGCCGAGUGUCUGCACACAAUCACCACAGUUGGUGUAUCCUAAGACAGACACCAGGGGGAACUCCUUGUGUUUCCUCCGAGAGUGAAGCAGGUGCCUCCUCCUCUUCAGCUUUUCCAGAGCUGAGCGGAUCUUCAUCUCUCGCUCCUUCAAAAGCCUCUGCUGGACUUCCAUCUGCGUCUCACCUGCACAGACCACGAAGAGGAUGAGAAGUUUGCUUAUCGAGUGGAGUCACAACAAAUGUUACCUGAGCCUCCGAUGUAUCUGGAGCCUCCACCUUGCUGAUCCAAGUUCAUGAAUUCAUUCUUCACACGUGACCUGGAAGGACGUAGAAGAAGAUAUCACCAAAAACAUACAUAUAAAUGACAUUACAGUGCUUUUCACUCACUUUAUUUGGACAACAAAAUCAUUUUUACCUCAAAACAGACCAGUGUUGAUAACGCACUACAAGUCCCAGCAUGCAUUACAACAGCGACUGUUUUUCACGUGACUUUGUUGGGAUUCAUUUUAUAGUGCUACUCAUAUAAAUUAGUGAUACACUGUGACAAUUUCACACACGUUACCUUUUCUUUUUUAAGUGUACUAAACAUAUUAACGAAGCCCGUCCCACUUCCUCUCGACUACGGCAGCUUUCGAGGGUCAAAACACGUAAACGUAAUUUAAAAUGAGGUGAGUUAGUCUUGAUGUAGCUAACGUUAAUGGCGGUUAAGUGCUAGAUUUACUACACAUAACAUUUGUGCAAGUAUAACCGAGCAGGUAAAGAUUGCCUCUAAUAUUGUAGGAGUGCAGUGGCAACAAAAACACGUUUAUUCUAGCCCAGGGGUCUCAAACAUGCGGCCCGCGGACCAAAUGUGGCCCGCAGGACACUAGUUUGAGGCCCUUGAUACGCCUUGAUAUGAAAGUUUAAUGUUACUGCGGCCUGCGCAAGUUUGAUAUGGAUGCUGUAUGGUAUCAUGUACCCAGAAAAAAUUAUUACGUUUGAUUAAUGUUCAUGUUAAAGGUUAAAUAACUGUUAAUAGUUAUCCUCCCUAUCCGUGUGGAAGUGGUAGUUUUUGGCUGUUUAAAUUUAAAGGAAAUUGAAUGAAUGAACUUGGAGGCUACCAUUUAGGUCGCUAGCUCUCUAGUUUGCGAGUUAGCAUGUGUCUCAAGACCCUGCAGUUGUGCAAUAUGUUGAGUAUAAAUAUGACUAUAGUCGUGUUUUGUCACGUCUACAGGGCUCUAAUAAUGCUUUGUUCAUUUUAAUCUGAAAAAAAUAAUUUGUCUACCCACCAACUAUAUGUGGUUUCUUAAGUUUUUAUUAUUUGCCAUUUUAUUAUUAUUAUUAUAUUUAUUUAUUUAUUACAGAUUGAUUGAUUUUAUUCUUCAUUCAUUCAUUUUCUACCGC